UUAGUCCCUCAGCUGGAUUUACAGCAGUGUAGUGAAAACGAGACAGUUAUUAUCCAAAAUAACUCAAAUAUUACAUAUACAAACAGAUUAACUUAUUACACAUGUUAUUAUAUUAUUAUUGCUGAUAGUUAAAAAAAAAAAAAAAAAGUAUAUUCAUAUAUUAAAAUAAAAACCAGCAGCCAGUAGUAAUUAGUGAAGAAGAAACUCCCAAUCAGCAGGUGGCGUCAGUUCGCCCGAACGCCGCUCGAUCCCCGGAAGAAGAAGAAUAACCUCCCGGCCGGCAGGUGGCGCUAGUCCACCAGAAGACGAAAAAGAAGAAGCUACAACAACAGACUGCGUCCGCCAUUUUCUCUCUCGCCUCCUCUAUCGUCUGUCUUUUUUUCGGAUUAUUUCCCGUUUUGAAUCAAACAAAUAAGAAGUGUUUAAGGUUUCUUUUUUCACUGAAGCUUUGCCCGCAAAGCGCGAGGCUGCGUGACGUCAUAGCCGCUGUGAUGGCGGCCGAGCGGCGCGAGGACAAAGACGGAGAGUUAAACGUUCUAGAAGAUAUUCUGACUGAAGCUCCAGAUCAGGAUGACGAGCUGUACAACCCGGAGACUGAGCGAGCCGUCAGCGACAAGAAAGGAACAAAGAGGAAGAGUGAGCGCUCAGACAGCCAGGAUGUGAAGAGGCUUCGGCCCUCUACGGGCCACGCCCCCUCCAGGUCUUCAUCCACCAAUAAGAGAGCCCCGGGACCACCUCUCUCCUCCUCUUCCUCCUCUAAGAAGGUGGUGUCCAGCCCCCGUGCCCGCCAUGCCGCUGUAGCCGCCGCCGGCUACCGUCACGAAUACUACGAGGAGCGAAAGGGUCGCCGAGGAGCGCGAGAGGCGACCAGGAGCCGUGGAGGAGAGGAGGUCCGACGAAGAGAGUCCCAGAGAGGCCUAGAGGGUCUGAGCCAGAAGUUGAGGCGGGCAAGCCCCGCCCCCAUCGACGGGAGUAACCAAUCGGAGAGAGAGGUGGCAGCAGAGUACGUUUCGGAGCCGGGCUCAGGAAGCUCCUCCCCCACCGCCUCUCACGUGGAGGAAGAGGAGGAGGAGGAGGAGGAGGAUCACGAGGAAGAGGAGGAGGAUGAGGAAGAAGAGGAGGGCAUGGAGGAAGAGGAGGAGGAAGAGGAAGGAGAGAAGGACGACGAGGAGGAAGAAGAGUACGAGCGUCGCGGCGGCGAGGGAAACGACUACGACACUCGCAGCGAGGCCGGCGACUCGCGCUCCGCCUCCUCCGUCAGCUUCACAGACGACGGCGAAUCCGUGCACUCGGGCUCCGCCUCCGAGGCCUCAGGUUCAGAGAAGAAACAGGAGAAGCUGUCGUCGUCGGUCCGAGCUGUUCGCAAAGGAAUGGAGAAUCCAACCAGUAAGCUACGUUACAUCCUGCGAGACGCUCGAUUCUUCCUCAUCAAGAGCAACAACCACGAGAACGUCUCUCUUGCGAAGGCGAAGGGCGUUUGGUCGACGCUGCCGGUGAACGAGAAGAAGCUGAAUGCGGCUUUCCGCGCGGCUCGGAGCGUCGUCCUCGUCUUCUCUGUGAGGGAGAGCGGCAAAUUCCAAGGUUUUGCUCGUUUGGCUUCAGAGUCUCAUCACGGAGGAUCUCCGAUCCACUGGGUUCUUCCUGCUGGCAUGAAUGCCAAGAUGCUGGGUGGAGUGUUCAAGAUCGACUGGCUCUGCAGGAGAGAGCUUCCCUUCACUAAAACUGCUCACCUGACGAAUCCCUGGAACGAACAUAAGCCGGUCAAGAUCGGACGUGACGGACAGGAGAUCCAACCGGAAAUCGGCGCUCAGCUCAGUGCCUUGUUCCCAUUGGACGAGAGCGUGGACGUCCACCAGGUGGCUCGUCGUGUUCGCCACAAGCGCCGGACGCCGUCGGAGCCGCGACCUCGGGGCCGACCGCCGCAACGCGAGCCGGGAAGGCGUCGCCCUGAAGAGUUCGACCUCCACGGCAGGAAACGGCCGCGAGCCGACGGUCCGCCCGACUUCAACCAGCGAGCAGGGUUCAUCCAGGACCUUCGUAACCAGCCGGUGGACAGACGUUUCUCCAGCGUGAGACGAGACGUUUUUCUUAACGGGUCCUAUAACGACUACAUGAGGGAUUAUCACCACAGCGUUGGUCCUCCGGCUCCCUGGCAGACUCUGGCGACUUACCCCGGCGUGGAGCAGCCGCCCCCCCACCAUCCCCCCUACUACCACCACAGCCACCCCCCUCCUCCACCUCACCAGGCUUACCAUCACCACCACCAUCCCCCCUUGCCGCCACAUGAGGCUCCGCCCCCUCGCUUCAGAGACAAGCAGCGCGCGCCGCAGCACCGCGCCUUCACCGCCAGCCCUCACGACUACGACAUGCGCGUGGACGACUUCCUGCGGAGAACGCAGGCGGUGGUGAGCAGUCGGCGUGAGCGCGAGCGGCAGCGUGAGCGCGAGCGUGGAGGACCCCGCCGCGAGAGAGAGCGAGAGCGAGGGAGGGACAGAGAUAGAGAGAGGGAGAGGGACAAGGAGAGGGGGCGGUACCGCAGGUGAUCUGAAGAUGUCAUAUCCUGUCAGCCUGCAGGGUCUUUUAUUUUGAAGUCAUCUGUUUUUUGCUGGUUUCCUGUUGAGUUUCUUUUGAAAAUUAUGAAUAAAAAAGUAGCUACGUGAUGAUAUCAUCAUCAGCUGCAUCAUCACUUUUUAUGAGAAUAAAAUAUUGAAACAAAAAAAACAGUAAAAUUAUAAAUCUGUUCAGUUUUGUAAAACCUUUAUUUUGAUGGUCUUGUGUAACAAAGGUAGUGACGUCCCAGCACAGGAACACGCGGGUGACACAAGUUCCUGAUUUCUCUUGAACGGUCGCUCUUCGUUUCCCAGAAUCCUCUCUGUGCAGCGUUGGAGGGACAGUUGUUUUUAUUUUCAUGUGUUUUAUUAUUUUAGUCGCGAGUUUCCCAACAUGAGGCUUGAGGCUCUUUGAGGUGUCACAAGUCACACGAUGACAAACUGUUCUUUUAUUGUGAAAAAAUUGAGAAAUGUUCUUGAAAAAUGCUUCAAAUUAAAUGUGAAGAGAAAGAAAAACAUUUAACAUUUCAUGUUUUUUUAUGUUUAAUGUAAAUUUGCUACAGUUCCUUUUAUUUAUUUUCAGAUCCAUGUUGUAUUUGACUUCCUGAUCAGUGGCUGUACUCGAAUCAUCUAUGUGAAGUUAAUCACAUUAUUAUUAUUAUUCUUUAAUUCUGUACUUUUACGUCACAAAAACUAAUGUUUUCGGUUUUUUUACUCAGGAUCGCCUCCUGGUGGUGAUAACACGUCAGCCCUUUGUUUGUUUUCAUGAAUUAAAAAGUACAAAUGCC